CAAGUCAUCAUGCCUAGGAGCCACAAGGGUAAAGGUCGCUCUCGUACCAAACGUCAAAAUGUACAGGAGAGGAGCCAAAGUCUUGAUGUUGCUCAUACUACUGCAAAGGAAGAACCAACAUCUUCUAUUGGUCAAGGGGAUCCGCCCAGCUCCCCUGAUAGCUGUAUAUACCAGGGUACUCAGGCAAAUGUAGCCUCUGUUUCUGACCACUUAAGUGUAUUCUCAACAAGUGCUGUGUAUGCUGAGGCUUCUGGUCCAAAUGCAGUCUCUGUUUCUGACGACUUAAGUAUGCUCCCAAUAGGUGUCGUAGGUGGUGAGACUUCUAGAAUAAAUGCUGAGGCUUCUAUUAUAAGCUCUCUGCAACGUUCACGCACCUUCACAAUAGGCUCUACCACUCAUUCUGCGCGCAGAGAUCCUCUCAACAGGAAGGCAAGCGUAUUGAUGGCAUUCAUGCUGGAGAAGUUUAGGGUAAAAGAGCACUUUACAGAGAAAGAUAUGUUGAAGGUGAUUAACAAGAAGUACAAAGCACACUUCCCUGAGAUCAUUCGAAGAAUCUCUGUGCACCUGGAGCUUGUCUUUGGCCUCGAGUUGAAGGAAGUUGAUCCCAAUUCUCAGUCAUAUACGCUUGUGGGCAUUCUGGGUCUCUCCACCGAGGGAAAUCUGAGGGGCAGUAGUGGGUUACCCAAGACAGGGCUCCUGAUGACCCUCCUGGCUGUGAUCUUCAUGAAUGGCAACAUUUCCAGUGAGGAAGACAUCUGGGAAUUCCUGAAAGUAGUGGGGAUAUUUCCUGGGAGGAAUCAUCCAAUCUUUGGGGAACCUAGGGAAUUUAUCACAAAAGAUCUCGUGAAAGAAAAUUAUCUGGAGUACCACCGGGUGUGUGGCAUUGAUCCCCCAAAAUAUGUGUUCCUGUGGGGUUCCAGAGCCCAUGCUGAAACCACUAAGAUGAACGUCCUGAAAGUUUUAGCUAAGAUCAAUGAUGGUAUUCCUAGUUCCUUCCCUUGUCUAUAUGAAGAGGCUCUGAUUGAUGAGGCUAAUAGAGCAGCAAGGAGAGUUACAGCUGUGCCUGGCAAUGCCAGUGACAGUCCUCAUUUAGGGUACAUAACCCACAACCUCUCCUAUGUCUAACUGCAUUUGAGAGUUUUACACUCUGUUGAAGAGUAGUCAGCCUUCCAUAUAGUAGAAUGCAUUCUAAGCUUGUAGUAGCAAAGUUUUAAUCUUAUUGUGCUGCUAUACAUGAGCAAAUUACAGAUAUUUUAUUCUUUGUUAUAUUGCAUAUGAUAUUUAACCAAAGUUAAGUGAUUUACCCGAAGUUAAGGUAUCUUUUAAUCAUCUCAUAGUCUAUGUCUUUACAUAUUUUUG